CUAAUUAAAAAUAAAGUAAAAAUGGAGCAAAAACAAAGUUGGACACUUAACACUUUGGGUGUCUUCAGAGGUGUAAAAAGGGGGGUCCAAGCUUAUGUGUACUCAUAAAAAAAUGCGGUGUGCGGGGGGUUUGUGCCUGUAUAUAUAACAAAAAUUCAUGAGGUGGCCGAGGAAGAGGUGGUGAGCUGUAAACUCAUAAACAAGGUGUAGGCCUUUCUUAUGAGAUGGUUGGUAACAAUACUGUGAAUAAUAUUAACACGCCUAAGAGGGUUGGUCCGUGACGAAGUACUAAUAAGUUGGUGAAGAUUAUGAAUGACAGGUUCUAUGAUUUGCCUUGUCCUGUAAACUUAAACGCUUGGUGAAGGUUUGGCUCUAUACUAGGCUUGUGCCUAAUUAUCCAACUUCUAAGGGGUCUUUUAUUGUCAACUCAUUAUACUGCUCAUGAAGACAUGGCAUUCGAUUCUGUAGUACAUAUUAUGCGUAAUGUGGAAAAAGGAUGAAUGUUGCGUAAUAUUCAUGCAAAUGGGUCCUCUAUGUUUUUUAUCUGUAUUUAUGCGCACAUUGCUCGUGGGCUGUAUUAUGGGUCUUAUUUAGAUAAGACAGUGUGGUAUUUUGGGGUGCAUUUGUUUUUGUUAACUAUGGCGGAGGCUUUCCUCGGUUACACUUUGCCUUGGGGGCAAAUGUCAUAUUGGGGGGCUACUGUUAUUACUAAUAUACUUAGAGUGAUCCCCGUAGUAGGAGAGAGUAUGCUCCGCUAUGUAUGAGGGGGUUGGACCGUGUGUAAUGCAACUCUAAAGCGGUUUUAUACUUUACACUUUCUCUUACCGUUUGUGAUAGUGGCGGUUGUUUUUUUACACCUGUUUUUUUUACAUGAGAAAGGGAGUAAUAACCCUUUGGGUAUUGAAAGAGGUACUAUGUGUGUGCCCUUCCACCCCUUCUAUACUAUUAAAGAUCUUUUUGGUUAUGUUUGCUUUAGGUUCUUUUUUAUAUAUUUAGUGUGUGUGGAUCCUGAGCUGUUAGGGAAUCAUUUAAACUAUUGGCCUGCUAAUCCUAUAAAAACGCCAAUCCAUGUUCAGCCUGAGUGGUAUUUUAUGUUUGCUUAUGCAAUCCUUCGUUCAAUUCCUCAUAAAGCGGGGGGGGUAUAUGUUAUGUUUUUGUCGAUUGUAGUAUUAUACCUAAUUCCUAGUCUUCACAGAGGUAAGUAUCGAAGUUUAUGUUUUUACCCGUUUAAUCAAGUAGUGUUUUGAGUGUUGGUUGGUAGGUUUAUUAGGUUAACAUGGAUUGGUGCUCGCCCAGUGCGGGAGCCUUAUAUCAUUUUGGGGCAGUGUCUUUCAGUCAUUUAUUUCUCUAGGUUGUUAUUAAACCCUCUUUCUUUGUGGGUGUGGGACAAGCUGCUUGAAUACCCUAAAUUCUGUAGGAGUCGUCCUGUAGACCUGAAAUGGUUUAAGUUUUUAGCUUAUUUCAAGUUAUUAAAAUUAGUAAAUCGCGAAAGUAGCGCACGUGAGUGGGCUAAUAAGUGUAGAAAAAUAUAAA